AUGGGAUCAAGUAAUGGUAAAAUAAUUAGUAAUGUACCAGAAAGUUUCAAUGGAGGAGGAGAGCAAGAUGUAACACAAAAUAGUGCAACAACUCUAUCCUUUACUCCUACAAAUCCUUUGUCGGCCACAAAAAGCCGAAAACGAACAACUAUAACAACAUUUGAUAAAGACACUAACCGAGUAUCUAUUGUAUCCAUCCGAUAUGACAAAUCACCUAUUGCAGUUGAGGAGGAUAGAUCAGUUCUUUCAUUUGAAAAUUAUGAUCUUGCAAUGGCGAGGAUAUUCUCGUUUUUGGAUAUUACUUCGCUUUUGAUGUGUGCAAGUGCUUGUAAACGAUUUCGUGAUUUAGAAAUCAAAUAUCAAGAUGUUCUAUGGCAAAAUUUGUACAAAUUUCAUAAGACAAACAUGAUGUACUUUUGCACAAAUCCGUCACAAGCUCUACAAAUGAUGGAAGAAACAAAGAAAAAGCAUCAACAGAACGACAGAAAACCGGAGCGAAAUGAGCUAGGAUUGAUCGUUAACGAUCCUAUUUUAUUGGAGUUAAAAAAGGAUGUCAAAAAUUGGAAAGAUGAAUGUCUUAAUUAUUACUUUGUGAAAAGGAAAUUCAUUUCAUCGAAACAAGAAUAUCUUUUAAUCUCAAAAUUACAUGAUUUUGUACAUCACACAGAACCUCUUUCAAGAAGAAAAUCUCUAUUAGGUCAACAAUUUUCAGUCACAGAAUCCCCUAGAGAAUCUUUUCAACCAAGAACAAGCGAAAGUAGCGACAGCAGUGAUGAUUUCAAGUUGGAUGAUAAUAUUGAUGACGACUUUUUAAAGAAAAAGAGCCUAGAGUUUAUGAUGUACAACAACAAUAUCAAAAACAAGAUGGAUGAAAGUGAAGAGGAUGAAAAACCUUUUACCAAUUUAGCAGAAAUCGAUAAUGCCAAUUUAAACAGGUGGAAAGAAGCGGAAUCUGACUCAGAUGAUGACAACUGGCUUGAUGACGAGAAGGAAAAGGAGGAAGAAAAAACAGAAUUAGAUCUAAAAAGUCCAAAUCAAAUUUUACAAGAAAAAAUUGGAAUAUCUCAUGUCACUGAAGACAAUGUGACAACUCCUCCUCAGCUUAGAACAGAUGUUCAUCCACCAAGCUCCAUAAAACAUUUCGAAGAAACAUCAGAUGAUGAAGAUUGGUUCAAAGAUGAGGAAGAAGAAAAGGAAAAUAAUUCAUUAAUUGAGCCAAUAGUGAAAAAAGGAGAACGAGCAUCCCAAAUUGAAAGUCAGACAAAACUGCAUGUCAAGAACGAUUUUUCAGUGCUAGACAAUAAUGACAUCAAAAUUGAAAUCACCUCAGAUUCUGACCCUAAGUCAUCAAAGAAAACCAACGAAUCAAAUCAUGUGAAGCUAAAACUUCCAUCUUUUGACGAGGACGCAAAUGAUGAAGAAACUCUUUUGAAAAAAGAAGCUUCUGUUUCCGAAAUUAAUUUAACAUUUGCGAACGAUCUUGACACAGAAGGACCAAGAUCGUUUUCAUCCAAGUUGAAGACAGACAGUUUUGAUCAAGAUCCAUUUGAUGAAGACUCAACAAAAGGUUCUCAGAAAUCGAAAUCACCAUUGAUUAUUCCCAAACUAUCAGCCAAUGAUGAUGAAUCUGAUCCUUGGUAUUCUGAUGAAGAGGGAAGCCCCAAGAAACCUAUUUUCGCUCUUGAAUCAGACACUGUGGAAAGUUUAGGAGUAAAAAAAGUUGACGAAACUGAUUCAGAUUCAGAUGACUGGUAUAGCGAAAGCGAAGAUGACAAGAAAAGUAAUUUUAAUUUGGGAAUGCUCAAAGACUCUGAUGAUUCUCAAAAAGAGUCACCUCCUUCUAAAAUAGGGUUAGGAUCGAAUGUACCUGCUCUCACUGGAAAUCAAACGGAUACAGCUCGAAGGAUCAAGGAAGCUGAGAAUCUAACCUUGGACGAGCUUAUCACUGAUCUCACCGAUGUGACCAAGCUGAAAGAAACCUAUUUAAAUUUAUCAAAUGCUGAAACACAACAGUUUUACAGCAAGCUCCUUUCAUUUCAUCAACGAACUCAAGCACUUUUUGAUAACACAGCAUUUGAUGAUACCAUGCCUGAUUCGAUGAUGAUGCCCAGCGACUGGCCCACAACUUUAUCAUUUUUCCAACAAAAGAAAGGCCAAGGAAUUGUCAUUAAGCUUGUCUAUAUCGAAGAUACUCAAACUCCCUAUCCUGCAAAACUUUGUAAUCCAGUUCUAAAAUUCUUUGGUUCCAAAUCUCGAGAUAUGAAAAAUGUUUGCUCGGCAUUAAUUAUUGGACCAUUUCUAUUGCAAUGGAACAAAACUCAUUCUCUGAUAAUUCCAAGAAAGCUUGUUUCUGAUUCUUAUUUAUAUCAAACGCGAACACACCGUAUUGCAGAAAUAUUUAAUGUAUCAUUAGACUCCAUAAUCGAUAGUAUUGCAAAAGUGAUUGUGGAAUGGAACCUUACGAAGCUUUAUCACGAUCAGCUUCAAAACUGUCAACAUUUUGUUGAAAAAAUUAUUGAUGUAUUGGGAAUCAAGAAAGUGUUAGAAUGUGAAAGAAUAGGAAAGACAAUUUUUAAUUACAACACCAUGUUGCAACGAGAAGGGAAAGGCAUCAUUGAAUUCAAUUUUUCCGAUCAAGUUAAACAAGACAAAUUGUACACAUUUUUGGAAAAGAAAUAUGGAACAAGUAAGAUUUGUUUUGAAACACACCAACAACUCGAUGAAUUCAUGAGAUCAGUGAUUUCAGAAGAUCCAAAUUUUACCAUAACACAUCACCAAGACUAUUCACUAUUGGUAUUUUUUGAUCAACUCUUUUGGGCCAAACACAAUUUACUUUCUUCAGAAGAAAGAUACAAGCCAUUCAGUGACGAAAAAUCCAUUCUUUGUCCAUUUGGAUCACUAUUAUUUGGAACCACCAAAUAA